CAUAUUGCGAAUAUCCUGGCUAUAAUAAUUUGCAUAUAUGUACAUUUGUAAGAAAAUAUUCCAAGUAUGCGGAUUUAUUAGGCUGAUUUUUUUUUGCACAGAGUGACAGCGUUAUUGCAAUACUAAUUUGAAUAUCAGUUUAAUUUUAUCGCCAAUUUGUAGGGAUUAAAUUCAGCUUUUUUAUCACCUGGCUGUGUAUCGUCGCGUAGUCAUUCAAGUGCCACGUAUUCGACUGGACAGCAGAUUUUGGGAAUAAUUUUUGGUUUCGAAAUAAUUUCAGGAAAAUAAUGGCGGACAAGGGGGACAAGAAGAUCGUGUCGACGAAUACAAAAACCGACACGAAAGUGGAGACGAAAGAAGAUGGCGUGGUGGUGAAAACGAUCACAACGACGACGGUGGAUAAGUACGAUGAUGGCUCCUCGUCGACCAAGACGCAGGUGCAAACGAUCACGGAAGGGGCGCAGAUGCAGCAUAUCGAUCCCAAAACUGGAAAGCCAAGCGGUAAAACUUACACGAUUAGUGAAGCUAAAGCUGCAGCCCCACGGGAGAAAGUGACCACGGAGCGCCCCUGGUUGGAACAGGCGGUCCGAGCGCAUAACUUUUACCGGAAAAAACAUGGCGUUUCUAAACUCUCGUUGAACGACGAUCUUUGCAAAGUGGCGCAAGCGUGGGCGAACAAAUGCGCGGCGGAUGAGAAGAUGCAGCAUUCGCAGAACGGUUUCGGGGAGAAUAUUCACUGGUGCAGUGGGGACGUGGAGAACGGAAAGAGCCCCGUCCGCCAUUGGUACUCGGAAGUGAAGGAGUACGACUACAAAAAGGACGCCGACUUCCAAAAGGGCACUGGACACUUUACCCAAGUCGUGUGGAAGGAUACGAAAGAGUUGGGAAUCGCGAAGGCGAAAGGUGUCAAGGAAGGGGGCACUUACGUCGUCGCGAUUUAUAAUCCGGCCGGGAAUUUGAUGGGAAAGCUGAAAGAUAACGUGAUGAAACGGCCAGGAAAUCCGGAAAAGUAUUCGGAGACGGAUUCGGAUUAGGAAAAAAUAUAAGAAAAUAUUAUGAGAGAACGUGAUACAUACAAGUAUUCCAUUAUUUCAAGAGAGGAGAAAGUUGUUGCAAAUUUAUUUAUGUAAAUGAUGCAUGGACAUUUGUAGACAUAAUUACUUAAAGCAAAUUUAAGGCAUAUUUACAACUUAAUAAGUCAUUCUGGUCAAAAUCAUAUCGUAUACUUUUAGAGAGAGAAAAAGCUAUAUAAAUAUUUAUUUUUGUCGUUAAUAAUAAAACUGCUUCCGUAAUAAAACACGUGUAAAAUUAAAUCA